GAAGCCGGGGCAUUCGGGGUAUUCGAUCUGGGGAUCCCCAGGUCGCCCUACUUAAGCAGGAUGCCUCCCCUCCCCUCUUCCCCUUCCACACACACCUCCUCAAUCCGUUUUCGCCUCUGUAUCCUGGAUCGGAAACAUGAUGCGUGGCUCUCGGUUGGUAUCCCUGCUCUCGCUCUCGCUCUCGCUCUCGCUCUCGCUAUCCCUGGCUGCCCCCCACUGGGCUCGACCCGACGAUGCCCGGCCAUCUGCAUCUGGGAUGAAACGACAGCUGCCCAGCGCUCCCACCGACGUCAAGUCAAUCACGACCCCCAACAACAUCACCAUCCGGUACAAGGAGCCCGGCAACCAGGGAAUCUGCGAGACCACCCCGGGGGUGAAGUCGUACUCCGGAUACGUGGAUCUGGCCCCGGACGCGCAUACCUUUUUCUGGUUCUUUGAGUCUCGGCGAGACCCCGCGAACGAUCCUGUCACUCUGUGGUUGAACGGGGGCCCCGGGAGUGACUCGUUGAUCGGGCUGUUUGAAGAAUUGGGUCCCUGUCAUAUCAACUCUCGUCUUGAAUCUGUUAUCAACCCUUACUCGUGGAACGAGGUCUCGAACCUUCUCUUCCUGUCACAGCCACUCGGGGUUGGCUUUUCUUACAGUGAGACCGAGCCUGGGUCCCUGAAUCCCCUCACAGGAGUGGUCGAAAAUGCUUCCUUUGCUGGCGUUCAGGGUCGAUUCCCAGUCAUCAACGCCACAUUGAUUGACACCACGGACCUUGCUGCACGCGCUACCUGGGAAGUACUGCAGGGGUUCCUCGGCGGUCUACCCCAGCUGGACCCGAACAUCAAGUCCAAGGAAUUCAAUCUCUGGACGGAGAGCUAUGGAGGGCACUACGGACCGGCUUUCUUCGACUAUUUCCACGAGCAAAAUGAGAAAGUUGCUCAAGGAACCGUCGAUGGCGUGCACUUGCGAUUUAACUCCCUUGGAAUCAUCAACGGUAUCAUCGACGAAGCGAUUCAGGCUAAAUACUACCCCGAAUUCGCGGUAAACAACACAUACGGGAUCAAGGCGGUCAACGAGACAGUCUACAACUACAUGAAGUUUGCCUACGAGAUGCCCAAUGGAUGCCAGGAUCAAAUCGACUCCUGUAAGCACACAAACAGAUCCUCACUUGCCGAUUAUGCCAUCUGCACAGAAGCCACCAAUAUGUGCAGGGACAACGUCGAGGGGCCGUAUUACCAGUUUGGUGGACACGGUGUAUACGAUAUCCGACACCCAUACGAUGACCCGACUCCCCCGUCCUACUACACCAAGUAUCUUCAGAAGGGCUCGGUCAUGGAUGCCAUCGGGGUAGACUUGAAUUACACCCAAUCCAGCAGCGAGGUGUUCUACGCAUUCCAGCAGACGGGGGAUUUCGUAUGGCCUAACUUCAUGGACGACCUCGAGGAGAUCCUUCGCCUUCCCGUGCGCGUGUCUUUGAUCUACGGCGAUGCCGACUACAUUUGUAACUGGUUAGGUGGCCAGGCUGUCUCGCUGGCGGUGGAGUACGCGCAUGCGCCCGAGUUCCGCACGGCCGCGUACACGCCCAUGACCGUGGACGGGGUCGAGUACGGCCAAACUCGUGAGUCUGGUAACUUCUCCUUCACUCGUGUCUACCAGGCUGGCCACGAGGUCCCGUACUACCAGCCUGUCGCGGCGUUGCAGUUGUUCAACCGCACCUUGUUCGGCUGGGAUAUUGCCGCGGGCGCAAAACAAAUCGCUCCCGGAUACAUAUAGUAGUGGCGGCAUUGACAGGGUUAUAAGUAGAGACCGAAUUCUUUGUGUCAUUAACCAUGCUGAUCAGCUAAUUUCAAUGACUCUUCUGGGGGGGGUUGCUUAGUUGUAUAACAUUCAGCAGUGUUACAUGUGUCACAGUGGCACCAGCUUCCUAAAACCCAUGAUCAUAAUGAAGGUCCAAAUGGUGGGCAG